AUGCUCAAAUUUCACUCAUUUUUAAACAACAAUAAAAAGAUAAUUACACAAAAUUUAACAUCGCUUCCCAUCGGACAAAUAAAUAAGUCAAUCUUUUUACUUAAAUGCGAUAAGCAGCUGCUUAUCAACACCAAUAAUAAUAAUAAUAAUAAUAAUAAUAAUGAUAGUAAUAAUCAAGUGAAAUAUAAUCAACUACAACCAACACACAAUAGUACAAUUGUUUUUAAAAAUAAAAAUAAAUAUGAUUUUACAACAACUUCAUCAUCUAAAUCUACAAUAACUUCAUAUAGAAAUACCAAUUUAAUAUUAUGUAAUCUACUACAAAAUAGAUUGCAAUGCAGAAGAACAUUCUUAUCUGCUUUUGCCUCAACACCACAACUAACAAAAAAACAUAUUACCAAAGUAUUAAAAUUUACACCUAAACAAGUGUAUGAUGUUGUUGUAAAUGUACAAUCCUACAAAGAAUUUCUACCAUUUUGUUUGAAUUCGACUAUUAAGAAAGUGGUUGAUCCAAAUAGUUGCUUUGAGGCAGAGUUGACUGUUGGCUAUGGUAAUCUGAAAGAGUCUUAUACCUCCAGAGUGAAAUUCGAUGAACCAAAAUACAUAGAAGCAUCGGCAAUCGAUUCACAUCUAUUUGUAGCACUUGUUAGUGAGUGGAAUUUUAAGCCUGGACCUACCGACUCUACUUGUACGGCAGUGUGCUCACUGGAAUAUCAAUUUAGAUCACCUCUCUACGCUACACUCAUGGAUGAAUUCAUCGGUAGUUCUCUAGAGACAAUGGUAGAUGCAUUCGAAUCACGUUGUAAACAAACCUAUCGUAAACAUUAA